AUGCCUCUCUUUUUAUCUAUCAUAAGNAGAAGGUUAGCCUUAUUUCACAAGGCUGCUUAUAAAAUCGGUGGCCAUGUAAUAAGUGCAAAUGCUAUUGAGCAGGCAAUAUUUAAGUUCCGCACCCCCAGGGUUGGAAAGUGGCUGGAGACCAUCCUUUCAACUGCAUUGUGGAAAAAAUCUGGUGAAGAAAGGCAGCGGAUCAGUACAAAGUUUGGUCUCGAGUACCAACCCCUUUUGUGUUUUGCCCUUUGCACAGGAACUUCAUCUGAUCCUGUGCUGAAGGUCUACACACCAUCAAACAUCAAAGAGGAGCUAGAAGCAGCCAAGAGAGAAUUUCUUCAAUCAAACAUAAUCGUGAAGAAAUCGAAGAAACUUUUCAUACCCAAAUUACUCGAAAGAUUUGGAAAAGAAACCAACAUCUCUCCAGACAAUCUCCUCAAAUGGAUAACCGAAAAUGUAGACAAAAAGCUUGGCGAUUCAAUAACGAAAUGCAUCGAGCAUAAAACCAGCAAGAAAUCAUCCCAGAUGAUCGAAUGGUUGCCUUAUAAUUCAAGAUUCCGGUACGUAUUCUCAAAAGAUUUAAGCGAAAAGCCAUGGUGGCUCUGAAUGUAGGUAGCCAGUUAAUGCAAGUGAUUGGGAAGAAUGAAUGUACAUAGAUACCAAUUGUAGUUGACAUAGGCUUCUGGUUUGUUGUUUCAGUGUUAUACCAACUUCCUGAUGUUUGUUUGUAAUGAUCCUGACUGAGUGUCGGAUUCUUGUUUUC